AUGACAGGAGUCGACUAUUCCAACAGCGAUUUGAACGCCGGUCUGGCUGCAGUGCGCAGCAGACAUGGCAUUCCAGAGGUUCCAGAUGUCGGCGACUUCCUGCAGGAGCAAUACUUGAAAGCACGGCAAGAUGACACGAAGGUGAAUCCGGUGCUCUUAGCCUGCCGCGAGCUGCAUGCGUUGGCGAACACCUGCUGCGGUGCUGCAGCAUCUGGCAGUGCCUUCGGGCAUUGCAUGUCAAUCCUGGGAGCAUGGCUCGGCUGUAGAACCGUGUGUGGCGAGUUCAUCGAGGAUUCCUAUGAAAGCUCUGUGACAAAGUCCCUUAGUGUUCUUGUGGGUGGAGCGCAUCGUCAACCGGAUCAACAGCCACUUGUCCAGGCCCGUGUGUCCAAAGCUAUCUUCCAAGACUCCCUUUCUUUCGACUUCAAGGCCGUUGCCAGGCACUGGCGAAGUGAAGCAGGUGACCUGGAGAAGUCCGUAAAGAUCUUCGUCCAUCCUGUACCCAAGUGUGCUGGGGAGGAGCUCCUGGAAUUCUUCAUUUCGCGGGGUCAUGGCAGCGGCUUCGGUUGGACUCGUGCGGUCCAGCUACAUGCUGUGCACAUAAAAGCCGUCCAUAAUGCCAUCAUGGGCUCGCCGGCACGCGUGGAAGAUCCGGAAGACGCAACUGUCUUUUACAUCCCAGCUUUCCCUAGCUUACUUGUCGAACGGUAUAUCGAUGCUGAAGAGGGGAAAGUGGAUGUGCUGAACUGUAUGUCAGCUUCGUGGGCUAUGCUUCGGGAGGAGUUCUUUCUUCGGAAUGCCGGCUACGACCAUUUCAUUUCAGCUGGCACUUGUCACCCCUAUUCAAUUUGCAGUGCGCUCGAGUGCGAUGUGACCAAUUUUCACCCCUUUGCGGUGAAUGUGUUUGCUUUGGUUGGCGGGGUGCGGGAGAUGGUUCACCCGGACUUCAUUUUCACGCCCGGGAAGGGCUUUCAGAGACUGCGUACAAUCAUCGUCCCAUUCCCCGUGACGCUGGAUUGCGAGAGGCUCCUUCAGCUAUCAAGCCCUGAGAGGGUCCGAUCGAUUGAUGUGGCAUUUGUUGGCACAGACAACUCGCGGGUGCGACGCAUCUUCAAAGAGCUCAUGGAAGAUUCAACUUUGUCUUACAGCAGCAACCCCCGCCUUCAUAUAGAAGUUCUCCCAGAUGAUGACGUCGGAGAGGGGGCACGUAAGCUCGCUUUGGGGUCUGUGGGAACCGGCGGAGACAAGUCUGUGGAUGAGCUUUACUCUAAUUCUCAGUUCUGCUUAAUUUUGCCCGGCCACGUUUACGAUCUGGGUCGGCGAGCGUACGACGCAAUGGCCAGGGCAUGUAUUCUGGUCAUAGUUGCUUUAGAGCCGAUGUCCGUCGCCGUACCCUUUGCCUGGCAGAUGCCUUGGGAUGAGGUUGCGAUUUUUACUUCAAUAAGAAGUCUGCAGGAUGCUGCGAAGGUAUUGGACACUCUGAGCACAGCUGCAGAUGAGGAAUCUGGUAGAGAGAGGAUCGCGGCGCGUCGAAAGGCCAUGUUGAAGUACCUUCCAAGACUUUUCUUGCCGCCGCACAAGAACUGCAUGCCGGGAAUGCCUACUGCUAUGGAUGGUAUACUGCGAGAGAUAGCAGUGCGACAAGACUACUUGGGCAGGGCAGUCUCCAACCUUGAGAAGUUCGGCAAAAGCUUGGAAUGCACUGAUGGGCAGCACUUCGCCGCGUUGCUUCAAUCGGAGGCUGCCGUGUUGGAGCCCUGCGAAUGGGCUCGCAAGGAGGAAAUGCUGCAGCCAAGCUUCCUGGCAUCUCCGGCUAAAGGGCAGGUAAUGUGGGCAGCACGCAACAUCAACGUUCCGCAAAGCCUGGCAUGGAUGGAAAGUGGCUUGUGGAUCGGCGACAUCAAGAUCAUUUUGGGCAGCGAGGUGCAGUGCCGAGCAGACUGCGCCGAAGAGCACAUCACCAGCUUGAGGGGUCUGGCCACGGGAGGCCACGAAGUUGCUGCAACCGCAAACCCAAGGAGGUUUGUAUUGCAGACCAAUCUGCCGACAGUUGGAGGAUCUUGGGGCAGCCUACAGCUGACCCCUUCCCAAGACACUUUGCCCAGAGAUGUCGCACGAGCUUUGCGCAUGGACUUGAAACGUCCCCACACUGCCCACACAACUCAGCUGACUCAGCUGGCUAGCAGAUCCAGCACAAGCUCAAAGCAGCAAAGUGCCCAGAGCAAGCUUGAGUCUGGAAAGUCCGCGGGAGGUGAGAGCAUUUGUGAACUGAUGGCAAAGUGCCUGGCGCCCGGACCUCAAACUGGCCAACAUCACGGAGUCCUGCAGAAGGUGUCAUUUUUUCAAGAAAAAAUCGUGAUAACUCCCGGGCCGGUGGCUGACGAAAUGCAGGCCACCACCUUGGACAUUGCUCGAAUAGGUCACGCCGAGCUGGACUGCAGAGCUUGUUUACUGAAGCUCCGUAUGGUGGCAGGAAGCCAAACGAAUUGGACGGGAGGGAAAGCUCAAGCCGGCUAUGUGCAAAUCGAGCUGGAGCAGCCGGAGUUCGACACGCUGCGUGCCCUUGUUUGGCCGAUGCUUCUGCGCUCCGUGUUUCAAAGGAAGGCUGGGCCUGGAGCUAAGCUCCAUGAUCCUCCAAGAGGACAGCUUCCGAGCUUCGUUGUCUCCGCAGGGUCUUGGGACUGCACGAACCGUGCUUCGACGCAGAAGCUCUGGUCCAACACGGCCACAGCCGGGCUGCGAGUUUGCGCUCAGCUUCAUGGAGGCACCAGCCAGAUUGGAACGCUGUCCUUCGUCAACGCAGCAGAGAUGCCAGUGGCUUGGCUUCAUCCCACAGCCACAGCUGUCGGUGCGCCUGCUCCAGUGGCAGUGUCGUUCGUGGUUGGCUUGGAGCAGUCGGCAAUAGAUGCGACGGACGGCAUGAGGCUCGUUCUGCAUUUUGCCACUGCUCAGCUACAGCCACUUCAAGUUGAUGGUGCUUCGGUGCUGCCAAGUACGAGCAACACCGAGCUGGAGCAGAGCCAAGCUGGCUGCGGAAGGUUGAUCAAAGAGCUAUGGGCCAACGACAGCCACUUUCCAAUGCCCAGGGGCUGUAGCUACCGGACGUCAGGAGAAGAAGCAGAGCUGCAACUGUCUUUCGGUUCGGGAAAUGAUCUUCGCCCCGGAGUUACGUAUCAGAUCAUUUUUAUGGUUAUCCUCAAGCUCGGCGCGACGACUGCCAAUUCUGGUUUGGAACUUCGGCUCAUGGGUAGUGAUGACAACUUCGUCCAUGAGCUUGGCAAGCCAAAACUGAAUCGGCCGUUGACAGCUGGUGCGGAGUUCCCCGAUCCCCGCCUUGCAGCCGAGGUCGUGGGUGGGUCCAAUGGACUGGUUGAGCUUACAGAGGACCAGGGGCCAAGCUUCGACUUGCGCAUCUCUCCCGAAGUCGGGGAACCCAUCCCGAGUGGCUCCCUACUGCGGGUGUUCUUGAGUCCUUUGACGGCAUGGGCGAGCUGGAGCUCAAGCUGUACUACAGCUUCCGAGCUGUGGGACGCCAAUACCACCCAUCGUGCUGAUCUACCUUGCGAGGUGUCAUCCCUCGUGGCUCCCAUGGCCUUCAGCAACUUGUUGCACAUAGCGCUCCCGAACGUUUCAAUGGCAGCGGGGGUGAGGCUUGAGAUCCACGUCGGAGGGUUGGCGAAGCCUUCAGGAGGCUUCUUUCCAGAGCAGCUGGCCGCAGAGCUCCGGCCAGAUACGACCAAGCCCCACUACGUCCGAGCUUCCGGAAGUCUCUGGGCCUGGCUACCACGCAACUCCAGCAUUGCGGGCAUUGUCUCUUGCACCGUGUGUGGAAACAUGGCUCCUUUCAGAAGCGAGACGAAUAAUCUUCUCGUCCGUUUUGCCCUGGCUGCGACGCUGCGCUCCGUCGUGGAUGAUGAUGACUCAUCAGGUGAGGCACGCUUGUCUUUGACGGCCCCGGACGGAUACAUCUUGAAACAGGCCGACGCGUUCAUGCAGCGAGAGAUGGAGCUCCAGAUAGCGGAUGAGGGGCUCGCCGGCAAUGAGCCCGCGAGCCCCGAUCACAAUCCCAAGAAGCACGCUGAGGCGUGUCACGCUUCGUCGACACCUUUGUCGCAAGCGAGCACUGCUCCAACGACGCCCAACAUGCAGUUUCGCCUUCCAAGCCUCAGCCUCGAUGGAUUUCAUGACGAGCACUUCCCGCUGCUGACGAGGCAAUUGUCCAUACCGGAAGACGAAGGAGCAACCUUUGAAGCACCCGACAUGUUCCAGGAUAUUAGCGAGCUUUACAUGCAAAAAUACGGCAAGUAUUCCAAGGAGGACUCGGCCUACCGUGAUGAUGACGGUGCUCCAGGUGGCGCCAACACGCGGCCACGUUCGUCCAAGGAGUCACUGCAGUCCCUGCUGGCUGAAGUCAAGGAUCUGUACGAGCAAAAGUAUGGCACCACCUUCGACCAGUCGCAAGCAAGCGAG